AUGAAAAAAUCUCGUUUAAAAACUAACAAAAGUCAUAUCAAAAACUCGGAAAAGUGUACGGAUGAUAUUUCUAUGGAUGGCGUCCAUCCCUUGCUGUUCUGUAGUCAUACAUGGACUAAAUGUGUUCCAAUCAGUCAUCGGGUUCAUCUGAUGCAUCCGUCGAUGUCUAUUGGACGUAACUAUAGACUAGCACUCGAAAAGACAUUAAGGGAAAUCAACAAGUCGCGAGAAAUGACUAUGAGCUGUAAAAUAUUAGAUGAAGAUCGUCAUUUAUUAAAUCGUCCGCGCCAAAAAGGUGAAUCUGAACCUAUAUAA